AGCCUGCCUGGAGAUGCAGCACACCCAUAGCAGGCAAGAGAGACAUUGUAAUCUGUCUGAAGUUCUCUUUCUGCUCAUGGAGAGAAAAGGAAACUGCUGGCAUCUUGCACCAGCACUAAACAAACUCCUCAGUAUUCCUUAAUCUCUCCUUCUAGCUCUGAGUACAACACAAAAAUGGUAUUCAGUACUGCACAUAGUUGUGGCAUAGACUGGUAAAAUGGAAAGAAGGAAGCCCUGAAGUUAUAUGACUCGGGACAUGUGUAACACUAAGCAAAACUAAGAAAUAGCCAAACAUCCCCAACCACCCUCUCUCUUCACAUCUCUGACAGCAAAAAGUAUGCUGAAGAAGUUACUGGGCAAAGAUACUUUAGUUUGUGUCACGUGGCAAGGUAAAUAGAUGGCUAAUCCCUUCAUGCAAACAUUCAUGUCCCAAAAGUGAGAGUAACUACCUUCAACUGUUAACACAGACUCUAAACUAAUGGUUCCUAAUGAUGUGGUCAAAAUCAGAUUAGGAAUUACUCAUACAUCCAUCUAUUAGGACAUGUGUUCCGUACUUUCAUCCCCUUUGAGAGAGUCCGAACACUUUUCAUACACCACUUCUUAGAAGUAGUGUCUUCCGAGUACAAGUUGCUAAAAUGGAAGACACUUAGGAGGGCUGAGAUAUUAGGAUGACUAUUUCAUUGGUCAGUUUUUAUUCUAGGGUUAGUUGUAAGGGACUUGGCACAAAGUAGGUAUUUAAAGAGUAUAUUUUAUUUUCUUCCUGCUUUCUACCCAUCAUUGUGGCAGAGAUGCUUUUCAAAAUAGGUCAGCGAUUAAAGUUGGAUAGUUUUUUUUAAACAAACUAUGUGUUUCACAGAAAUAAACAUCAAACCUGUCGAAAGCUCCAGUGGGAAAUUAUAUUCUUGUAUUUUUGCUUACAGCGCACAUUGUAAACUCUGACUCCUUAUUUCUUGCCACUUGAUCUUAAAGCACUUUAGUGUCCACAAGAUGUGGUACAAAUUAACAAUUGAUUUUACAUCUGCUGUACGUGAGGAGCAGCAACACACAAUAAAAAUGUAUGGACCUUCUUCCUACUUAACUGAUUGUGUCAACAUAAUAGAACAGCAGGUUCCGCAUAAAGAACCUGUCAACAAGUUUGCAAAGGUGGAAUCCGGAGAUCAGAACGCAUAUGCGGCGCGCACAACAUUCACCUGCAAUGGAAAAAGAUCUCGCAGAAGCUCUAGAAGAAGGAGGCUGUGAUCUUGAAACUGUGAGAAACAUCAUUCAAGGAAGGCAAUUGCCUGCUGAUCUGAGGGCCAAAGUUUGGAAGAUUGCACUUAAUGUUGUGGGAAAGGGGGACAGCCUCGCAUCCUGGGAUGGCUGUUUAGAUCUACCAGAACAGAGUAUUAUUCAUAAGGAUUGCCAAGAGCUAAUUGACCGGCUGUCAGUGCCAGAAGACGAGAAGUCAGUAUUGCUUUUGGACAUUGAGUCGGUUAUUACUUUUUACUGUAAAUCACGCAAUGUUAAAUACAGUUCUUGCCUUGGUUGGAUACAUCUCCUCAGACCUCUGGUUCACCUUCGAUUGCCACGCAGUGAUUUGUACAACUGCUUUUACGCUAUCAUGAAUAAAUACAUUCCAAGGGAUUGUUUUCUGAAGGGAAGACCAUUUCACUUAUUCAGGCUGCUUCUUCAGUACCAUGAGCCUGAACUCUGCUCCUUUCUUGAUACUAAGAAGAUGACACCGGACUCAUAUGCACUCAACUGGCUUGGAAGCCUUUUCUCAUAUUACUGUUCAACCGAAGUAACUCAGGCAAUAUGGGAUGGUUAUCUACAACAAGCAGAUCCAUUCUUUAUUUAUUUCUUAAUGUUGAUCAUCCUUGUCAAUGCAAAAGAUGUUAUCUUAGCACAAGAAUCAGAGAAAGAAGAAAUGCUAAAAUUUCUAGAAACUUCACCAGCCAAUCUCGAAGUAGAGGAUAUAGAGGAUCUCUUCUCUUUGGCACAAUAUUACUGUAGCAAAACUCCAGCUUCUUUCAGGAAGGACAAUCACAGUCUUUUUGGCAGCAGCUUACUGGGCCUCAAAGAUGACGACACAGACUUGAGCCAGGCUCUCUGUCUAGCAGUUUCAGUGUCUGAGAUUCUUCAAGCAAAUCAGCAGCAAGGAGAAGGAGUGAGGUUCUUUGUAGUGGAUUGUCGUCCCGCAGAACAGUACAAUGCUGGGCACUUAUCAACAGCUUUUCAUUUAGACUCGGAUUUGAUGCUUCAAAACCCAUCAGAGUUUGCACAGUCUGUGAAAUCCCUAUUAGAAGCACAAAAGCAGUCUAUUGAGUCCGGCUCUAUAGCUGGUGGGGAACAUCUCUGCUUCAUGGGAAGCGGCAGGGAAGAAGAAGAUAUGUAUAUGAACAUGGUGCUGGCACACUUCUUACAGAAAAAUAAGGAGUACGUGAGCAUAGCCAGGGGAGGAUUUAUGGCCCUUCAGCAGCACUUAGCAGAUAUCAAUGUGGAAGGACCAGAAAAUGGAUAUGGUCACUGGAUUGCUAGCACCUCAGGCUCCAGAAGUAGCAUAAACUCCUCUGUCGAUGGUGAUUCUCCUAAUGGCUCAAGUGAUGGAAAAGGAGUCAAGUCCUUGGUGAAUAAAAUGACAGUUGCUUUGAAGACUAAAUCUGUCAAUGUGAAAGAAAAAGUUAUUAGCUUCAUUGAAAAUACAUCCACUCCAGUAGACAGAAUACCUUUCAAUAUUCCGUGGCCAGACAGAGCAAGCCUGGAGCGCAGACAUGUCAGCAGCAGUGACAGAGUAGGAAAACCCUACCGUGGUGUGAAACCAGUAUUCAGCAUCGGAGAUGAAGAAGAAUACGACACUGAUGAAAUUGACAGCUCUUCAAUGUCUGAUGAUGAUCGAAAAGAGGUAGUCAACAUCCAAACGUGGAUAAAUAAACCUGACGUGAAGUAUAACUUCCCCUGUAAUGAAGUGAAAGAAAAUGGACAUAUGUUUCCCAGUCAUCUCCUCGUAACGGCAACCCAUAUGUACUGUUUGAGGGAGAUUCCGUCGCGAAAGGGACUGGCUUACAUACAGUCUCGACAGGCACUCAACUCUGUAGUCAAAAUCACAUCCAAGAAGAAGCACCCAGAACUGAUCACCUUUAAAUACGGAAAUAGCAAUACUUCAGGCAUAGAAAUCCUGGCAGUUGAAAGGUAUCUGAUUCCAAAUGCAGGUGAUGCAACCAAAGCCAUAAAACAACAGAUCAUGAAAGUACUGGAUGCCUUGGAGAGUUAAUAACUAAAGACGUUGUAGAAAAGAGUUUAUGAAGAAGAAGUAACAAAGAUACCGUAUGUGGACAUGAGCUGAUGGUUUCCCAACCAAAUACUAACUUUGUGCUCUUUCCAGUUUACUGAUGGGAGUGCCUGGAUAGCAGGCUUAAGAUAGGGUAAAUUAUUACCAAUUUCUGAACAGGAUUUUUAAUUUCUUUUAUUUUGUAGAAGUACGUAUUAUAAAGGUCAGUUUGUUUCAUUGCGAUGCACCUUUAAUACGAGUGAUGUGCGUAUUUAUAGGAGAGCAUGCUGCUAGGCUCAUACAAGUAUGUUAAAAGAACGAAGCAAAGUGGAGAAGCAGUUGAAGACAGAAUGGCUGUAAAUGACUGAUAUUUGAAAGUAAAAUAUCUCCAUAGCCUACAGUCUAUAAAUUGGAUUUUUGCCCACUGGGUAGUAACUUGAACUAUUAAAAACUUAGCUUUGUAAGCAGAGCGGAUAAAAUCUUAGGAGUAGUGCUUCCUUUCAGUUAGAAAUGGGUAAGUGCAACUUGGGCUGCAGAUGAAGGGGAAAAAAAUGCAGAUAAUUCAGAAAAGUAACAUUUUAGCAGUCCUCUCCACUACAAAGGUGAAUAAUUGGAACUGAUUACAAGGGUAUCUUUAAAUACCAAAGCGAACCAUGCGCAAUAAACCUUUACUACAGGGUUGUGAUUUCAUUAAUUAUGCUACAUUUUACGUCUGAUAGGUUGAAAUUGCUCCUCAUGGGAGGAUGAGUACACGCACUGAAAUGCGUAUGGCAACUGAAAACCGGUAAUCUGGCUCCUGUGAAGCAGAAUGUCUAAAAUAUAAGUUAGACUUUUAAAAGCCUUCAGUCCAGCACACAGUUGAGUUUAUGUUGACUGAAGGAGUGUUGAAGAUUGAAGGCGUGGCCAGAAAAUUAAUGCAUACAAAUAAAGUGAAGAGAUUUCCAGUGCUGUAUGCUUGUAGUAAAUACCGCCUUCAUUGGUGCAACGUUUGUUUAUACUCCUUGAAUAACUGUAAGCUAGUGAAUGUUUGAGAGAAGGCAGCUGUGUAAUAGUGCACUUCUGGCCUUCUACGUGGUGCAAGAAUGGAUCUCUUGCUAGAAAGCCCAGUAUAGGAAUGUCCUUAUGGCCGAGGCGUAGCAUCUUUGUAGACAUCUUUGUGGAAAUUACCAAACAUUGUGAAGUUAAAAUGUUAGGGCUUGGUUUUGCUGUGUGAAUUCUGAGUAUUUGAGUCAAAACCUGUGAACGGGUACAUCAGCGGGAGAAAAAAUGAACUGACCUUUAUAACAGCCAGUUAUUCUAAGUUGUUUCACUAGGAAUCAAGCUAGGGCACCUUAAUUCUGGAACUAAUUCCUUUUUUUUUUCCUUACUAUCUGAGUAAGCACCAUUAGAACUUGAACGGUUACAGAUAUUUGCAUGAAAUUGCACCUGGGCCAACUCUCGUGUAUUUCUAGUUCUGCCCAGCAGCUGUUGUAUUACGUUUUCUUCUUCCUACUCCCUUCUGAAAACAUCCUGAAGAGUCUCUGACUCCGUGCCUACUUCAGCAAUGAGAUUUUUUUCAUGUAAAGAUGUUUGUGUUACUGUUUAUAAACGACGGGUGUAAAUAAACCAGUACAAUUUGAACAGAA